ACCACAUGUGCCUCUGAGCAGAGAGCUGCACAGCUAAUGUCCUGCUGUGGUCUCAACUUCAACACUUCACCAAAUGAGAAAAAUCUGUGCGGCAGAACUUUGACCUGGUGGGAAGAAGACCUCCUUCACUUGUAGAUUCGUCUCAGCUCCUCCUCGUCCAACAGAACCAAUCAGAAAAGAGCUUGUGUCUCUUUGGCUUUAGUGAGAGGGUGAGAAGAGCCGUGCUGAAAGAUUUGUCAAUAUGAACCGGGCCUGGGCUGUGUUCAAGGCCCAUCCGUACAUCAGUAACGUCCUGGGAUACACAGUGCUGUUUGCCUCUGCUGACAUCAUACAGCAGAGUGUGCUGGGUGGGAAACACACUGCAGGAUCCACAUCAGAGGAUCCAGCUGGCAUCGACUGGCGUCAGACGGCUCGAGUGGCGACUGUCGGCUUCUGUUUCCAUGCCAACUUCAACUACCACUGGCUCAGAGGGCUGGAGAGGAUGCUGCCGGGAGGCGGAGUGAAGGCAGUGACAGGGAAAGUUGUGGUGGAUCAGCUGAUCGCAGCUCCUCUCACUAUUAGUGCCUUUUAUAUUGGUUUAAGUUUACUAGAAAACAAAGAUGACCCUCUUGAAGACUGGAGACAGAAAUUCUGGACAUCUUACAAGACUGGAGUGGUGUUUUGGUCAACAAUGCAGGCGGUGAACUUUGCUCUGGUCCCCCCUGUGGCACGGACAGUGUUUCUGGGAGGCAUCGCACUGGCUUUCACGAUUUACCUGUGUAACCUCAGACAGCAGCGAGGCCACAAAGCAGAAUAA